AUGCGGUGGGUGCAGUACCGUUACAUGCUAAUGUUUAGUGCUGCUCUUCUUUCAUCAGCUCUAUUAGCGAAUGCAACAACUCCUUCAACUGCACUUCUUUUUCCUAUCGAUAUUGUUGUCGGUUUACCACUUCAUGAAGGUAGCACUCUGCGAAAUCCGUUUCGGUUGACUAUUGCGAAAAGUCAGCCAGUUUUUGAUGUAGCUGUGGGAGAUAUUUAUUUUACGCAUCGACUAUUGCCUGAGGACAGCCUUCGUAUUACAUAUGUGGAUACAAAUCUUAGCGACGCGAUCGGUCCACAGCGCAUCAUCGAACGGUAUUGUGCACGCAGUGUGGAUGCAGUAAUGGGCAUCAGUUAUGUGUAUGCACUGGCACCCGUCGCGCGCAUGUCACAGUUCUGGCAGAACGGCGUGCCGGUCUUCACGACGUCAGCAAUGGUCGAUGAGUUGGGCAACAAGGAGCACUACCCACUAUUGACUCGCCUUAUGGGCACCUACAAGACUGUUGCACAGCUUGUGCUUAUCUUGGUUAAUCGUCUCUAUUGGCGUCGUUUCCACUUCUUUUUUCACGACGAAGCUGCGAGACGUAAUGUGCUUGGAUUAUUCGCCGAAAUCUUUGUAUUCAAUAUUUUUGAUCCAAAUUUGUGCAGUGAAGCACUGCAACGCAACGAGUUUUUUUCAGUGAUAAUACUAUGUGCCUCUCCGGAUACUGUACGAGAAAUUAUGCUAGCUGCAUAUGAUUUGGGAAUGGCAACCUCCGGUGAAUAUGUCUUCAUUAAUAUCGAUGUAUCAACAGGAUCACAUGCUGAAAAACCAUGGAUUCGUGCCAAUGAGACAAAUUCACCUGAAAACGAGAAAGCGAAACACGCGUAUCGUGCUCUCAAGACUAUUUCUCUACGGCGUAGCGACCUAGAUGAGUACAAGAACUUCGAAUCGCGGGUAAAGGAACGUGCUGAAAAGAAAUACAAUUAUUCUGCCAAAACGGGCAAAGAAUAUGAAAUGAAUAACUUCAUCAGUGCGUUCUACGAUGCAGUCUUACUUUAUGCAAUUGCACUCAACGAGACAAUAACCGAAGGGCUUGAUCCACGUAAUGGACGCAACAUCACAAGUAAAAUGUGGAGCAGAACUUUCGUCGGUAUUACGGGUAAUGUUUCAAUCGACGAAAAUGGAGAUCGUUAUUCAGAUUACUCAUUACUUGAUCUUGAUCCCUCUCAGGAGAAAUUCGUUGAAGUGGCUUAUUAUUCAGGCGCUUCUAACGAAUUAAAGCAAGUGACUGAAUUCCAUUGGGUUGGCGGUAGUCCUCCUAAAGACUCACCAAUCUGCGGAUGGGAUCAUUCGAAAUGUCCGGAGGGAUAUCCUGUUUAUGUUUACCUUUUGCUCGGAUCGUUUAUGUUCAUCUUCUUUGCAUCAGAAAUGAUAAUGAUUAUGUCACAUUGGAGGCGGUAUCGAUUAGAAGCGGAGUUAGCUGCAAUGUCUUGGAAAAUCCGCUGGGAGGAUUUAAAUGGUGAUGAAAAUAGAAAAGAGAAGAAGAAGAAUAAACGAUCUAGAAAAGUGCACGGUUAUCAAUACGAAUCUGAAGCGCUGCUCAGGUCUAAUAGUAGGAGUUCGCUGGCCAGUGAUAAGGUCAGUUCACUCUGCUUUCUUCUGCAAACCGUUCAGCUUUUAUUGUUGAAAAAAUCGUGCAUUGGUCCCUGCAUAUAUUGCCUUCUCAAAGUGAUAAUCGCACUUUCAAUUGAUGAAUUGCUGUAA